AUGAGUUCCACGACUCGGGGUAUCCCCGCCACUCACCAGAUAAUGAUUUUAUCUGUGACGACGGCGCUUUUUACAGAAGCCGUUCCACAUGAAACUGAAGGUCCCCCUGAUCAUCGAGCGAUGAUGGCGGAGGCCGGUGUAUCGGCACAAGCUCCUGCUGAGCUACUACAGGUGGUGAAAUGUCUUUGUGAGACCGUUCAGCAGAUGCAGACUUGCCUUCAGUCAUUGGAGCAGAGCCGGAUCCGAGUGGAGAGGCUGCUUGACCUCUUGGUGCAGAUGAUAAGUGCCGAUGACCUCGGUGCAAGAGCCUUAGCAUUCACGUGGAACGGAUCCCAUGUGGCUUAA